AUGCAUUCACACCUACACACCGCAUACAAUGUCAACUGCGAGGAGAUCAUGACUGCCCUCGAUGAAUGCCACGCCCGAGGCUUCAUACACAAAGCCAUUGGCAGCUGCAAUGACAUCAAGAUUGAAGUCAACAAGUGCCUCUCUUCUGAGCGCUCCGACCGAGCCCAACAAAACCGAGACGAGGCACGCAACAAGCGGCGGCGCAUCGAGGAAAUUUGGGCCAAAGAAAGGGAACUUAACCAGAUACCAUCGAACACGGCAAAGACUGAUGCUUCAACUCAGUAA